AGAACAUGGGACAGCGACGCCGACGAGAUGCUCUGCCAUGCUCAUACCAACAAUGUGCGAGUGGUGCUGCCUGGCAAUUUCCCUGUGGCGAAUUUGACCAGCACUGCGGACCGGAAAAAAUGGGUGGAUGACAUCACAGCACGCACAUUGACCCAGCACACUGAUGGCGUGAACUUUGACGUUGAGAGUCCUAUCGCUGCGGACUCACCUGAGCGCCACGCACUGAUACUGCUGAUCAAUGAAACGCGCAAUUCUCUGCUGCGCCACAACGCGCACGUCCAGAUAACCGCUGACGUGGCCUGGUCGCCGGACUGCAUUGACGGACGGUGCUACGACGUCAAGGGCAUGGCCGAAGUCACCGACUUUCUGGCCAUCAUGUCGUACGACGAGCGCAGCCAGAUCUUCCCGCCGCUGCAAUGCAUAGCCAUGUCCAACUCGCCAGUGGCGCAAACAUUCGACGGGGUACAGAAGUACAUUGCGGCCGGAAUCGCCCCGGAAAAACUCCUCCUGGGCCAGCCCUGGUACGGGUACAACUACCCGUGCGAGACGUAUGAUAAUAAAACAAAUGUAUGCGCCAUUGCCAAGGUUCCGUUCCGCGGCGCAAACUGCAGUGACGCUGCUGGCAAGGAGUACCCGUUCUCCUGGAUCAUGAGCAACAUGAAAGCCAGCGGAGCCAAGCGCCAGUGGAAUACAGAGCAAGAAGCACCGUUCUACACCUUCAUGGCGGCGGACGGGAAACACCACCAGGUGUGGUAUGAUGACGUGCAGAGUCUGAAAAUCAAGUACCGACGUGCCAAGGACAUGAAACUGCACGGUGUGGCGUUCUGGACGGUCGAUUUCCUGGACUACACGGGCGAUACCGAGGCUCAAGCAUUGGCCAAGGAGAUGUGGAAUGCCAUUGCGGUAUAGGGCUGGAUAGCAUAGCUGAUCAGCAUUGUUUACCUCUAGCCGUCACCAUGUCAGGACUCAGGAUGCCUGGCGGGACACAGCGGGCAGUUGGAGCAGAUCUGCCUGGCUCGGCCUGCCAGAGCUAUCGCUACAGACGAACUUAAAAUGUGUGUAUGUGUGUGUGUGCACGAGUAUGUGUGUGUGUGUGUGUGUGUCUCGUUGCUAGGAGCUCUUCUUUUUACACAGCUGGCCUGUGCUGUAUGUGUAUGUUUGGAUUUGUGAUGACUAUUCUCAGAGAAUGUAUUUAUUGCUACCAUUAUUUUAUGAAUACAUAGUACCUGCCACCCCACCCCUUCUCAUU